AGACAUCAAAAAAGCUUGUUUCGCUUGUUUCACACGUGUUACGACAGCCAUGGCCUGGCGAUUGCUCUGUGUUAGUCUGGCGAUUGGGCAUGCCGCCUCGAUGGAGCUGGUGAGUGAGAACUUUGAUGAUGCGAUCCAAAGCGCUCAGAAGAACGCCUUCGUUCUCUUCUGCUCCGACUUCUGCCCCUGGUGCAAGAACUACCUGAAUGCGACAUGGACCUCGCUGAUGCAGAAGCACAAGGGCUCCAAGGAGGUCUUGGUGGCACACAUCGACUGCGGAAGUCCGGCGUAUGAAAUGGGAGAGCUCCGCUCGCCGGGCACCGUGACGUCGGCGUGCAAGCGGUAUGGAGUGGAUCCCAUUUGCGACAAGGAAGAGGGCCACAUCCCCACCAUCAAGUACUACGACGUGAGUGAAGAGAAGUGGCGUCGAUACAAGAAAGGCUGGGAAGAGGACACCUUGGAGGGCUUCAUUGGUGAUCGUUUGCGACCGGCGUGCAAUGUGAAGACCGCGGAGCACUGCGAUGACAAGGAUUUGAACUUCGUCCACAAGCACGAGGCGGCGCCUCAGAAGGAGCUCGAGCGGCUCCAGAAGAUGCUCACCUCCGGAUCCUUCAACGUGGAGCAGUUGAAAUGGCUCAAGCGGCGGAUCAACUUGCUGAAGCAGUUGGCUAGUACAGCCAGCAAGGACAAAGAGGAGCUCUGAAGUGUCCGGCACGGUCGGCGCGGAGAAUCCAACGAUCUGAUCGCUGACCGCACCGGGGUACAGUGGAGAAGGCCCAGUGGUCACCGUAUAUACGUGACACUUCUCCGCUCCAAACUCGACCAUGCCGAACAACGGCGGUGGUACCCUUUGGUGCACGUCACCGUGCGACGUUGGUACCAACCCCGGCUCGGUGACUCCGCUCUGCGCGCACAACGCGUCCAGCGUUGGAAAGACAUGUCGGACGUUCUGAAUGCGUGUGCCCAGCAUGGUUUCAAGACGUUGGUCUUGUUCUUGCAACGCUGGUUUUCGGAGUGCAUCCGAGCACCAUGCGAGCGGCAUGCCGCAAGGGUGAGUGGGGAAACCGCAGAGCCCAAAACGUU